CACGUCGUUCGCACGGUUGAAGAUCUACUUCCGGGACAGGAGGUUAAAUAACAGAAAUGUUGUGUUUCAGAAGUCUCCCCGUAAUUAAAAUGUAACCGUGUGUCCUGUCAUAAGGCUGUUCAUGGACGCUUUGGACCGACGUCGCGCUCUUUACAAAGGAACCACUCCGCCAUGGAAGGAAACCUACCGGAAGCGGUGUGUGGACCGGCUGAAGAACAGCCGCUCCAGGCUGCUGGACAGAUACCGGCAGAUGGGAGGCGAGCAGCCGCGGAGCAGCUCCAUCAUCGUCCAGGAGGUGAUGGAGGAGGAAUGGAGAGCCCUGCAGCCUGAUGAUCAGAGGCUGCCCUCACUGUGGGGCCCUCACGGCGUGGCACAGAUGUUCAGUGUUAUGGAGGAGUGUGAUGAACUGGCGGUGCUGGAGGAAAUCCACCGGGAGCUCAUGUCUCAAGAGAUGUCUAUAAUCGACGAGUAUGAGAGGAACCUUCAGUUUGAACAGCAGUAUAUCUCCUCUCUGGUGGAGGGAAUGGAUGAGAUGCAUAUCGUUUGCCCCACAUGUCACAUGAACAACUUGAGCUUCAGCAGCUCUUUCAUCUCCUGCCCUUGUGGACUUUACAUCAACACUAAGAAGCGGAACAUCAGUCCAGAUGUCCUGCAGCGCCUCCUGGAGGCCAGGGUGUCGGAGCACAUGGAGGACUGUCUGCACAGCCCGGUUUUCUCCGUAACGCCCAACACAGACAGCCACGCCUCCCUGAUGAUCAGCUGCCAGGCUUGUGACUACCUGUCUGUCGUCUUGUAGCGGCACUUCUGUCAGGAAUGCACAUGUGAAAUUAAAUUUUCAGUUCCUUUUUCUGCUCUGUAAAUGUUUUAUGAAAUAAAGACAUUUUAUAUAA